UACAUGGACAGUAUUGUGGGAAAUAGUUUUUAAACCAAUUUAUAUAAGAAAUUAAUUUGUAUUUUAGCAUUAUUCGGAGAAAUCGCUCUACUACAAACUAUUCCGUAUAAUUUUUUUAUUUUUUUUUAUUUUUUAUUUUCACAUCCCAACUAGCAUAAUUUCUUGUGAUACAAGACACAAACGAGAGAAAAAAAAAAAGACACAAAUUGGCAAAUUGAUACCUUCGUUUCUUCUCUACCGCCAUAGGCAGCCAACUUCCCGAACUCAAAACUUUUAAAAAAAACCCGGAAGAACAAAAAAAACCAAAAAAAAAAGAAAAAAACAGGGGAGAAAACCUAAUUAUACUUCUCUCUCCUAUAUUCUGAAAUUAACCUGUAUUUUUCAGCUCUACUCAGUUAUUCAGAGAGUCUGAGAUUAAUUAAAGCCAAAUAUGGCAGCAAGAAUACUCGCUCAAGUUCUUGUGAUGGGUUCUGGGAUGUUAGUUCGGGCCGUUGCUCAAGCUUAUCGUCAAGCUAUUGUUAAUGCGUCUAAAACUGGUACUGCACAAGAAGCAAUGCAGAACACGGUUCGUAAAGCAAGUCGGGCUCUCACAGAGCAAGAAGCAAGACAGAUUCUUGGAGUCCCUGAAAAUGCCGCUUGGGAGGAAAUUGUGAAAAAGUACGACGUUUUAUUUGAGAGGAAUGCUAAGCAAGGGAGCUUUUACCUUCAAUCAAAGGUCCAUCGAGCAAAGGAACAGCUGGAGAGUGUAUAUCAAAACAAAGGUCAGGGUUAUUCUUGUUAAAAAGCUUGGUUGGAUCUUCAUUCCCGCAGGCAGUGCUGCUUUGCCUUAACAUAGAAUAUUUUUAGUUAGAAUGGUAUUGUUUGAACAACAUUCAUUCUUUCUUGUAACUAGUGUGCCAUUGCCCCAUCAAUCUGAAUAUCUGUGGCUACUUGUUGCAUAAAAAUUUCGAGAGUAGUUGCUUUCGAGUGGCCAAAAUAAUGUAUGCACGAUCUAUUUUUUUUCUUAUUAAAAGUUUCAAAUGAUGUCUUAUCUGAA